AUGGCGGAGCUGCUCCGCUUCAGCGACGGCUGCGGCACGCGGACCGGCUGGGAUAGCACCCGCGCAGCUCCUGAGAAAGCUGCGGAGGCAAGUCUGCAGCCCCUCGCAGCUUUCGCGCUGGUGACCGCCUUGACAGCUUGUGCUGGUCGCCGCAUCAGGGUGAGCUGCUCGGCCAGAGCAACGCGCACGGCGGCGGCGGGCAUUGCGCCCACUGCUGAUGUGAGUGAUGUGGCGAGCCUACAGGAUGCACAGCGUCAGAAGCCAGAGGUGCCUGCGGAGCUGCGGGAGAAGUACGGGCUCCACCUGCGACUCAUGGAGAAAGGCUUCAGCAGGCUGGGCGAGGUGGAGGAGAGUGGCUUGCUGGACCAGGGUAUCAGGCUCACCAUCCGAAUCCUGCAGAAGACGCUGGACUCUGCCGACGUCAAGUUCCGGCAGCUGGACAUGGAAAAGCCCAAGGUGGCUGGGAUUUUGUGCACGCCUGGCAUCCUGGAGAUCUUCGGCGGCACAGGCUGGGUCGAGGAGCGCGAGUGGCUGGUCCUGCCGGAGGGUACGCCAUUGGAGCUGUCGCAGCUGGCCAUCGAGGGCCUCGAGAAGGAGGAGCGGCGCCGCGCGACAGUUCAGAGCACUGCGGAGAAUCCGAACGAGCGCCGCUUCAACCCGUGGGAUGGGAAGGUCUACACCUUCCAGGAGUUGGAGAGAUGUUUGGCACGAGCCGACCUCACAACUGGUGAGAUCCAGGAGCACUGGGCGCACCGGUGCCGCCCCGUGGCCAAGAAGGCGACCCAGGGCACAGCAGAGGUGCCUGUGACGGAGCCGCAGGUGGAAGCCUGGCAGAAGAUUUGGCGGAUCCAGUCUUUGAACCGCAUGUGGACGGCGGCGGAUACAGCGCACGUCCAUGCAGUCUCGGGCGGCAUCUACAUGUUCCUUGGUGCAGCAUUCCUGCUGGACACGGCUGUGCACGACGCAAUGGCCCUGAACGGCUCCGCAUGGGAGCGCGUGUUGCCCUCGGAGGUUGGACUUCUUGCGCUUAUGGCCGGAGUGGCCAAUGCCCUCAGUGGGCUGCAGCCAAGCUUGAUGAAGCGCUUCGAUCUGCAGAUGUUGGGCUUGGGGCCGCAGGGCGACAUCAAGUCUGGGGGCUUCCUGAACGCGGCGGCGUUCUAUUUGGUGCUGGCCUUCCAAAGCGCGCGGGGCCUGGCGCCGGAGCUGGGCUUCCUGGACGUGCCGGUGGGGCUGGUCACGUUGCUGCUGGUGGCGCACCAGGCUUUCAUCUUGAACAGCUGGGUCUCUAGCGGCAAGAUGCACCGAGUGGACGCUUUUCUGGUGCCCGGCAUCUUCAACCUGCCCGUGGCUCUGCACUUCCUGAGCGGAAGCCAGGCCUGGUGGCAGGAGAUGACUGCGCACUUCAGUGCCUGGCCGGAGUUCUUCUUCGCGGGGAAUUUCGCCAUCGCCUGGGCGUUCUAUGGUGACCUUGGUGCUGUCAAUGUACGAGAGGAGCUGAAGACCCCGCCCCUCCAUCCCUUGCGUUCUCCAGUGGACGAGCUGGCGGUGGCCGCGGGCACCAGUCGGUCCCAGCUGGUUGGCAAAGCGGAGAUGCUGGUGCUGGGAUUGCGGAGCGCAGGGACUCGUUGCCGCCAAGCCUCCCUGAAGAUUCAGAAGGGGGAUCUGCUCUCCCGGGCGGAUGACACUGCCGCGCUCUGCGUGGCACAGCAAGCAGUGGAGCUGCUGAAAGGUGAGCCGGGGAGCGUCAAGGUGCUGGAUCCCAUGUGUGGCGUGGGCACAUACCUCUUCGCCUUGCAGUGGGCGAUGCGCCGUGCUAACUUGACGAGCGCGGCCUUCUGGGGCGUGGAUGCUGAACGUGAAGGGCUUCUUCAUGCACAGGCGAAUGCCAGCCAGCCAGGAAGGUGGCCGCAGACGCCCGACUUCGUUCUUGGGUCGAGCCGCGGGCUUCCUUUCCAGAGCGACUUCUUCGACCUCAUUGUGGUGGACCCGCCCUGGGGCCAGCGGCAUGGCAGGCGCUGGGGGACAUCCGAGGGCUGCCCCAGCCCGGGAGUGGGCCAGGGUCUUGCGGCCGGGAGGAAUCGCCUGGGAUGCCCUGCGGCCCGUCAAAUGAACUGCCCCAAGGGGCAGCCGUUUGGGGCUUCUGCCACUGCCAGCACCAGUAGCAGCAGCAUCAUCACCAUCUUCAUCAUCAUCAUCAUCAUCAUCAUCAUCAUCAUCAUCAUCACCAUCACCAUCACCAUCACCAUCACCAUCACCACCAUCAUCACCAUCACCAUCACCAUCACCAUCACCAUCACCAUCACCAUCAUCACCAUCAUCAUCAUCAUCAUCAUCAUCAUCAUCAUCAUCAUCAUCAUCAUCAUCAUCAUCAUCUCAGUCCAGCUUCUGGCAGCGCAGCCAGCAGCCAGUGCAGAGGCUGCUGCCAGACAGAUCUUCCACCGGGCAGAGCUGGCGCACGGCUCUGAGCACGUGAUCCAGGCGGAAUUUCACGAGCCCGGCCUAGUGGUGGCGGUGCGCUUCGAGUUCCGUGGCCAAGAGGUCGAGAAGGCGUUCAAGGUGCCGAAUGAGGCCGUGCUGCUUUUAAGAGCCUUCGACAAGGAGCUCGCCUUCCGCUUAGCCGGGCCUUCCGGCUCGGAGCCGGCGCCAGAGCUGGCCUGGGGGGCGGCCCUGUGGGAGGAAGAGCUUGUGAAGCUGGCAGAUGACCGAGAGACGUACCCCGCCUUGUGUGACGAGCGCAUUGUCCAGGAGACCUGCGGAUUGCUGAGCGGUGGCGACCGCGAUGAAACUUCUGAUUGGAUCACCUCAGAUGCCUUGGCGGCGCAGCUUGCGGCCGACUCUUUGGACAUCUUUUGGGACGAGCUGGGUAUCCCCAAGCCGCCAACCAGCAACACGAGCGAGUCCUUCUGGAUCCAAUGCUCAACUCUAUGCCAGUCGGUGGUGCACUACAGUCAGCAGUAUGCCAUUUGUCCUGGGACCAGCGAUGUGUCCUGCUACACUUUGGGCGAGGAAAGCUACUGUGACCUUGACGUACGACCGCAGACGCUCAGUUCGCUGGUUCCGGGUCAGCGGGAUAUGCCAAACUACGGAGACAGGCCUUUCCUUGACAAGGUUGGGAAAAACGGCGUGGCAGCAAAGAGGUCCGACAUGCCUCCGGAGAUUGAAUAUGCACUUUGGGAGCUGGUGGAACGUGUCGCCAACUUGUUCCGCAUCUACCCUUCUCCAAGGCCAGAGCCCCUGGCUGAAGAAGCAGAUGCCCCAAAGGGCAAGAAGGUUCACAAGAUGACCGCACGUCAGAGGAAGCUGAACAAGCAGAAGGAAGAAGUGGCAAAGGCGUACAUUGCCAGCGUGAUUCGAGCUUUUCGUGCUAAGAGGACGAAGAUUCAAAUGGACAAGUGGUUUGGCAAACGAGCGUUUUCUGAUGAGCGCUCGCGAAAGAAAGUGCUUCACGUGCUCAACUCUGUCAACCACAUGAUUAGCAAUGUCGAGUAUGUGUAUCCCGGACCAGAUUGCGAAUCCGACACGUUCGCCUAUGUUUUCCCAGAGGCGGACAACUGCAGGAACCAGCGGGAUUUGCAGGAGGAGGAUUGCACGAAGUACCGGAAGAAGUUUGUUUUCUACCUCUGCCCGCUGUACUUCGAAGAGUCGCAGGAGAUGAUUGCGACGCUGCUACACGAAGGGUCGCAUCAUGCGACGGCCUUCACGGACGACGUCACGUUCCGGGGUGAGACGGCCUAUGGGCGGUCGACUUGCAAGGAUCUUGCAAGGAGGAGCCCAGGGAAAGCGCUGAAGAAUGCAGAUAACUUCUGCUACUACAUCUAUGACACCGCCACCAAGGUUCAAGAUGUCACUCUGGCAAGGAAAGCGGCAGUCGCAGAGCGCUGCCCAGUCUUUGCAGAUGAACCUACUCCAGACUCCGACUUGGAUUGCGCAUGCCGAAGUGAUGAGAUUUGCUUCAGCGACACUGGGCAGCAAGCCUGUGAAAGCUGGGCAGCGAGAAGUGUCGGAGCACUGCCCCUUCUCGAAGACCGACUCGGACGGCACAUACAGCGAGACCUUCUUCGCGGCAGGCUGCGCGUCCUGCCAGUGCCGACCCAGCCUGGAAAUCGCUUGAAGCGAACAGGGGGCUCGAACUGUCCGUCCGACGGUGCGCACUCCUGGCAGGGUCCAAGAGCGCAGGACCAGGAUCCGCCGGUCCUGAGUCGCUCUGAAACUCCUGGCCCGGUGCCGACUGCCAACGUACGCUGUGCUUGA